UCCGCCGUGUGUCGGGGUGGGGGAGGGGGGCAGAGCGCUCGCCUCCUCCUCCGCGGCGGCCGGAGACACACAGACCCAGCGCGGGGCCAGGGGAGCCCGAACGCCGCCGCCGCCGCCGCCGCCGCGCCCGCGGGCCGCGCCGCCCCGCCAGCCGAGCCCUGCCCUGCCCUGACCCCCCGCCCGCCCGCUGCAGCCGCCCGGCAUCCUUCCCGCUCCCCCCUCCCCCCCCCCGCCCCGCGCCGCCCCGGCCCGGCCAUGGGGAACGCAGCCACCGCCAAGAAGGGCAACGAGAUCGAGAGCGUGAAAGAGUUCCUAGCCAAAGCCAAAGAAGACUUUUUAAGAAAAUGGGAAAGCCCCCCUCAGAAUACUGCUGGCCUAGAUGACUUUGAGAGGCAAAAAACGCUUGGAACAGGAUCAUUUGGGAGAGUUAUGAUGGUGAAACAUAAAACCACAGAACAGUAUUAUGCGAUGAAGAUACUGGACAAACAGAAGGUCGUCAAACUGAAGCAAAUAGAACACACACUGAAUGAGAAGAGAAUAUUACAAGCGGUGAACUUUCCUUUCCUUGUAAAACUGGAGUAUUCUUUUAAGGACAAUUCUAAUUUAUACAUGGUAAUGGAGUAUGUUCCUGGUGGUGAGAUGUUUUCACAUCUAAGAAGAAUCGGAAGGUUCAGUGAACCACACGCACGGUUUUAUGCAGCUCAGAUAGUGCUAACAUUUGAGUACCUCCAUUCAUUAGACCUCAUCUACAGAGAUCUAAAGCCUGAAAAUCUCUUAAUUGAUCAGCAAGGAUACAUCCAGGUCACGGACUUUGGCUUUGCAAAAAGAGUAAAAGGAAGAACUUGGACGUUAUGUGGGACUCCAGAAUACCUGGCACCUGAAAUAAUUCUCAGCAAGGGUUACAACAAGGCAGUGGAUUGGUGGGCAUUAGGAGUGUUAAUCUAUGAAAUGGCAGCUGGGUAUCCCCCGUUCUUUGCAGAUCAGCCCAUUCAAAUUUAUGAGAAGAUUGUGUCUGGCAAGGUAAGGUUCCCGUCACACUUCAGUUCAGACCUAAAGGAUCUUCUAAGAAAUUUACUCCAGGUAGAUUUGACCAAACGAUAUGGAAAUCUGAAGAAUGGUGUAAAUGACAUAAAGAAUCACAAGUGGUUUGCAACUACAGAUUGGAUUGCCAUUUAUCAGAGAAAGGUAGAAGCUCCGUUCAUACCAAAGUGCAGAGGCCCUGGAGAUACCAGCAACUUUGAUGACUAUGAAGAAGAAGAUAUUCGUGCGUCUCUAACAGAAAAAUGUGCAAAAGAAUUUGCUGAUUUUUAGUAGGAGUAAGAGGACAAGAUGACAUCAGGGCUCACAUUGGGAUCUUUGCACUCUGUUAACAGAUGAGGUGGAGCUGAGACCAUCAUAUGUCAAAACAGUUACCUAGUUACUUCAUUCCACAAAGCUGACUGAGGUCUUUAUUGCCAUCUUCCAUGUGUGCAGUUUGCACCAACCCUUCUAACUAGGCACAAUUAAGCAAGCACUGUUUGUGCAGUAACACAGAAUAAUAGACCACUUUCCUACUUAACUUUGGUUUCUGUCGUUCUUUGUUUCUGUGUAUUGUUCAUUUUCCCCCUUUAAAAUGAAGUAGUUUUUUACCCAAGAAUGCUCCAUUUUAUUUUGAAUAAUGUAUUAUUUGUGUGAGUGAAAUGGAAGGUGUUGCGGCUAGUGUGAUUUAGACUGAAGUGAAAGAUAAAUGUUGCUUCUAGUCUGUGCCAGCCAAUAAUUCUUGUCUGUCUUGUGUCUGAUGCUACACUUUAUAAUAAUUUUUUAGUAGCUCAGACUAAACCUAGCCAACAUUUUUAGCAUUUUUGAAGGUAGUAUUUAUCGCCAUAUAAAUGUCUGCUAAAUUAACUUAAAAACAUUUCUUCCUGGAGACUGACCAAAAUUGAGUAGAAUCAAUUGGAUGGCUUAAGUAGGGGACAGUAGCUAGACCCCGUGCCUUGGUUUUCUACAUCCCUGCAGUUUUCGUCACUGCCUCCUUCCUUUGUAUUUCCCACCUAGGCAGUAGGUAAAUUGCCGUAGCCAGACUGUACCAUGGACAGCUUACAGUCUUGUGAGAGGGAGUAAUUCCACCUGGUCUGGAUUUUGGACCAUGCUUAACCAAGUCAACUUACCAGCAUUUCAGUUAGCCGGUGUGAAAUGGCAUUUUUAAGAACAUGAAUCCUAAACUCUUAAAGGAAGUUUUGGUCAGUAUUGUAGAGAAUAUGAUUCAUUUUGAUUUUUUUGUUUGUUUGGAUUGGUUGUUUUGUUGUUUUUUUUUUAAAUAAAAAAGCCAAUGUUUGGGCUCCCAAAAGUAUUCCUUGUUUUGAGCCUUUUUUGAUUAAAAAAGGCACUCAUUAAAAUCCAAACCACCACCCCACAAAAAGCGAAAUGCGCUCUGCCAUUAGCUGUGAAAAACAAAUGGUUUAGCAAAUGCAAAAUAAUGUUCUAGAUGCAUCGCUGGAUGAACACGGUUAUUUUUUGUUAGCUGUUAAGAAUAAGAGGUUAUUGCCAAGUUUUAUUCUGGUAUACUAUAUUAGUAAACUGAGGAUGGAGUACUGCUACAAUCAUUUUCUCUUUAAUUACAGCACUUCAUUCAUGAAGAAAAGAGACAAAGUUUAAAAACUGCAACAGCUGGGUUUAUUUUAGUUGCAUUGUGUCUUCAUUUCUAACCUACUUUUCUUUCAAUCAAACAGAAUGUAUGGUCACACAGAUAUAAGUAUUUGGGCUUAAUUAUGUUUUGUAUACUCUCACCAACUGACUUAAAAGAUACUGCUACCAUGUGCUAGCUUUGGGCACUUUUACACAUUUAUUUCAAUGUUAAUAAUCAGUGGCUCAGCACUUUUUUGGGGGUUGCUUUUAAACUUAUUCAUAGUAGUUUUUAUUUGUACACUUGAUUCUGGCUGUCUCAGUGACCUGUCUUAAAAACAGCACAUCUAAACAGUUUAAACUAGCCUCAUAUUUUAUGAUAAAUUUACAUGCAUACAAGGAUGAAUUGUUUUUAAAAAUUAAAAAAGAGCUAUAUUGAUACAUAGCCAUUGUAUUUGUUUGAAUGCCGGUGCAAAUAAUCCACGGGCAUUCCUUCCUUUUAAUCUGUACGACACUCCUUCAAGAAAAGCCUUUGUAGACAUUUUACAGAAGAGUAUGAAACAUACCAUCCGACAUUCUGUAUGUUUAGGGUGUUGAGCAUUUUUGCACAACGUCAUUAGGAGGCUGACACUGAACGCAGUCUUUGUCCACCCGUAUGUGCAAGAAAAGUAUAAGAUACUUUGCUGUAGCAAAUUUUAUGUAACAAAGAUAUAUCGUCACAUUAAUAAAUUUAAAGAAAUCCUUUGUAUGAAAACGUUAAAACCUUUUGUAUUUCAUUUAGACCAAGGACAUGCUGCUGUAUGCUAGCUGUAUGCGAUAAAUUCUACAGUAACUUUGUUGUCGUUUAUGAACUUUAAAAGAUUUUAAUAAAUGUUGGAGAUCACAA